AUGAGGGAUAGCUCGGCCCCCAGCUCGGCCUCCUCUUCAGUGACAGAUCUGUACUGCGCCCCUCCCAGCAGUAGGGCAGACCUCUUCCUGCCGGGCACGGCCGGGGACUUCAGCCUGAGCGCCAGUCUGUCGGCCUGUACGCUGCUUUACGAGGGGGCGGUGGAGCCCAUGCAGAUUGAUGUGGAUCCCCAAGAGGACCCCCAAAAUGCACCUGACAUCAACUAUGUGGUGGAGAACCCCACCCUGGACCUGGAGCAGUACGCAGCCAGCUACAGUGGCCUGAUGCGCAUCGAGCGCCUGCAGUUCAUUGCUGACCACUGUCCGCCACUGCGGGUAGAGGCCCUAAAGAUGGCCCUGUCUUUUGUCCAGAGGACCUUCAAUGUGGACAUGUACGAGGAGAUCCACCGUAAGCUCUCUGAGGCCACGAGGGAGCUGCAGCAUGCCCCCGAUGCCAUCCCUGAGAGUGGUGUGGAGCCUCCGCCCCUGGACACGGCCUGGGUGGAGGCCACAAGGAAGAAAGCACUGCUGAAGCUGGAGAAGCUAGACACAGACCUCAAAAACUACAAGGGCAACUCCAUCAAGGAGAGCAUCAGGCGUGGUCAUGAUGACCUGGGUGAUCACUACCUUGACUGUGGGGAUCUGAGCAAUGCCCUCAAGUGCUACUCACGUGCCCGUGACUACUGCACCAGCGCCAAGCACGUCAUCAACAUGUGUCUUAACGUCAUCAAGGUCAGCGUCUACUUGCAGAAUUGGUCCCAUGUGCUGAGCUACGUCAGCAAGGCUGAGUCCACUCCUGAGAUCGCCGAGCAGCGCGGGGAGCGAGACAGCCAGACCCAGGCCAUCCUCACCAAGCUCAAGUGUGCUGCAGGACUGGCCGAGCUGGCAGCCCGCAAGUACAAGCAAGCUGCCAAGUGCUUCCUGCUGGCCUCUUUCGACCACUGCGACUUCCCUGAGCUGCUUUCCCCAAGCAAUGUGGCUGUGUAUGGGGGCCUGUGUGCCCUGGCCACCUUUGACCGUCAGGAGCUGCAGCGCAAUGUCAUCUCCAGCAGCUCCUUCAAGUUGUUCCUGGAGCUGGAACCCCAGGUCCGAGACAUCAUCUUCAAGUUCUACGAGUCCAAGUAUGCCUCGUGCCUCAAGAUGCUGGAUGAGAUGAAGGACAACCUGCUCUUGGACAUGUACCUGGCCCCCCAUGUCAGGACCCUGUAUACCCAGAUCCGUAACCGAGCCCUCAUCCAGUAUUUUAGCCCCUAUGUGUCUGCUGACAUGCGCAAGAUGGCCACUGCCUUCAACACCACAGUGGCUGCACUGGAGGACGAGCUGACCCAGCUGAUCUUGGAGGGGCUCAUCAACGCUAGGAUCGACUCGCACAGCAAGAUUCUGCAUGCACGUGAUGUGGACCAGCGCAGCACCACCUUCGAGAAAUCUCUCUUGAUGGGCAAGGAGUUUCAGCGCAGGGCUAAGGCCAUGAUCCUGCGCGCUGCAGUGCUGCGCAACCAAAUCCAUGUGAAGUCUCCUCCCCGGGAAGGGAGUCAGGGGGAACUGACCCCAGCCAACAGCCAGUCUCGGAUGAGCACCAACAUGUGA